GUUUGUUUUUCUUUUAAUUAGUUCGGUUAAAACGGUUCCCCACUUCCUUCUCUGACUCUCACUAUUAUCUUCCCCUAUUCAUUUUUCUUCCACUCUCUCUAAUGGCGGCUGUUUCCUUCAAUAUCAAUGGUGGAAAGAUUGGAAAUUUAUGUUCAAGACACGAAGUCGGUUGUGGGUUUGUAAGAAAAUUGGAUUUUAGAACUCAUACUUCUAUAUUUGAAAAACAUAUGUUAAAAACUUCAAGGUUUAAAGCAAUGGAAGUUUCUGCAAAUGCAACAGUAAAUAUAGUUCCUAUUUCAGCUCAUUCUAGGGUGAUGCGCCACACAAUUUCAGUCUUUGUUGGGGAUGAAAGUGGUAUAAUCAAUAGGAUUGCCGGCGUUAUUUCUAGGAGAGGAUACAACAUAGAGUCUCUGGCUGUUGGUUUAAAUAAGGAUAAGGCUCUUUUCACUAUAGUAGUGUGUGGGACUGACAAGGUGUUGCACCAAGUAUUGGAACAACUCGGCAAGCUUGUUAGUGUCUUAAAGGUUGAAGAUCUAUCUAGGGAGCCUCAAGUGGAACGUGAACUUAUGCUAUUAAAGCUUCAUUCUAAUCCAGAUACCUAUGCUGAGAUAAUGUGGUUAGUGGACAUCUUCAGGGCAAAGAUUGUCGAUAUCUCAGAAAGCUUCGUUACUGUUGAGGUGACUGGCGAUCCUGGAAAGAUGGUGGCUGUCCUGAGAAAUUUUAGCAAGUAUGGAAUCAAAGAAGUUGCAAGGACAGGAAAGAUUGCUCUAAAACGAGAAAGGAUGGGCCAGACAGCUCCUUUUUGGAGAUUCUCUGCUGCAUCUUAUCCAGAUCUAGAAGAAAAGGCUGUUGAAUCUUUUGUCAGGCCUGCAAAAAGAAGCAUCAAUACUGAUCCUGGCUCAUCGUCUAGUGGUGAUGUUUAUCCAGUGGAGCCUUAUGAAGCCUCCAUAAAUACAGUACUCGAUGCUCACUGGGGCGUUCUUUACGAAGAUGAUUCGAGUGGGCUUAUGUCACAUACUCUGUCCAUGCUGGUAAAUAAUGCUCCUGGAGUUCUGAACACUGUUACAGGAGUAAUUGCUCGUAGAGGUUAUAACAUUCAGAGUCUUGCUGUGGGCCCUGCUGAAAAGGAGGGUCUUUCUCGUAUCACAACUGUUGUUCCUGGAAACGACGAGUCAAUUGCAAAAUUGGUUCAGCAAUUAAACAAAUUAGUAGACCUUCAUGAGAUUCAGGACCUUACUCACCAGCCAUUCGCAGAGCGAGAGCUUAUGUUAAUUAAAGUAGCUACAAGUACUUCUGCCAGGAGAGACGUUCUUGAUAUUGCUAAUAUUUUCCGUGCAAAAGCUGUGGAUGUUUCUGAUCACACAAUAACAUUACAACUUACUGGUGAUUUUGACAAAAUGGUUGCGCUACAGAGAUUAUUGGAGCCUUACAGCAUUUGUGAGAGAAGAUUAGAAUCGCACCCCGGCCAAGAUAAUACUCGUAUCAGGAAGGUUGUUAAUUUUGGUGUCGUGAGCCAAAUACGAUUGUUCCUAGAACAUUUGUUAAAACAUUGUGUUUUUCUGUGUUUGCCUGAAUCAAGCUUUUGCAUCUCAGUUAGAUGUGGCUGAGAUUAGAUUGCAAUCUUUUUUGUGAAGUGUUUCCAAAUUAAGCACAUGCUGAAUCUCUGCUGCAGCAUCUCAUCGAUGGGACGUGAUUCGUAAUAUAUACUGCUCGUUGAAACAUCAUCUGUAAUCUUUCUUCUUUUCUCCAAUUAUGUAUUCUUUUCCAAGUGUAGAGACGAGGUAAUAGAGAAUCCAUAAGAAAGACAAAAAGUUGGAGAUCGGGAGACUUGAAAAGAGAGCGAGAAAAACCGAAGAUGACUGGAGGAAAAAUGACCUAGACUUACAUUUGAGAUGGUAGCAAAUCGGAAUAAAUGGUGAAUAAGAUUCCAUAUGGAUAACUGAUGAAAUUGAUAUAUUGGUGCACAUAACCGAUCCCAUUAUUUGGGGUUAAAGCUUUAACAUUAUUGUUUCUGAUGUAUACUUUUCGAAGCACAUAUAUUGUUAUAAUAUUCCUUUGUCUUGAAGAAAAGGUUGGAAGGCACUCUUUUUUGUAAUAGUGGAUUAAAUUUGGAGAUUUAGGAAUUCUAUAGCGUCUGAGAAAAAAUAAAUGAGAAUACAUCAUGAAUUGUCCCUAAUGAAAAUGAUAUUGGCACUUUGGAUGAAAGCAUUGGACGAAGAUAUCCCUUACAACCCAAUGGAGAUUGUGAGAAAGGUAGAAUGCUUGAAGAUGUGAAAAAUAUUUAAGAAUCAGAAAUUGUGAAUAAGAUGCCCAGAAUAUAAGGUGUGGAAAAGCAUUGCUUAAAUAGAAGGUAGUUAGAUUUGGCAGUGUAAGGACUUAUGAGGAAGAGGGGACCAUGGCUUCACAUUAGAAAUGCAUUGGUGGAGAACCACUCGACUUUCUUUGGAAGUAUUUUGCACUCUUUUGUUCGAAAUGCGUCUAUGACAAUUGAUGUGAAGUAUACUUGCUAUGGAUUUUUUCGAGAUAAUAGAGUCUAUCAAAUACGAGCCAAGAGAAUGGACUAAGUAUUACAAGAAUGACUUUCCUUAAAGCACUUUUCAUUUGCAAAGUAAUCUAGAUGCCUGUUUGAGUUGGAGAAAAGGAAGCAAAUGGAUGUAGGUUGAUAGCUCUAGUGUAUGAGCAUUCGAAGUUUUUUAAUGAUCCCUACUCUUGAUCAUAGCAGGAGAUUGUACUUGUGGACUAUUGGCGUAUGACUCUCUUGAUAUAUGAUUGCAUCACAAUUCUCCCUUCCUAUGGCUUUUCCCUACUAGGUUUUUUUUAUGUUGGUGGUUGAUUUUAUUGUUCAUAUGUCUAAUUAUUAAUUGUACUUUGAAUUCACCUUUACCAAUGUACGAACACUUAUUUAAUUGUACCUCGUUGGUACCUCAAAAUCCAUUUAGCAGCUUCCCAAUUGAUUGAACAUAAACCUGCUUGCAGCUCCGACUGCAUGUCUAAUAUCUGGUCUUGUAUACAUCAAACUUCCAAUAGCCGAAGCUUAAGGAACCUUAGCCAUAUAGUCUUUAUCUUCAUCUGUCUGAGGGAACUGGUCCUUUCAUAAUCAAAAAUGACUCGCCAAGGGUGUACUACAGGCUUAGCAUCACCCAUAUUAAAUCUCUUAAGAAUGCAUUUGAUGUACUCUAAUUGAGAUAACUGCAGAGUUCCUCUCUACUUAUUUCUUGUGAUUUGCAUUUCG